GGAGCUUCAACGUAUUGAAGAAAAUGACCAUGUCAUAGAGAAAUAAUUAUUUGCAUACGUUCUCUGCACUAGAUAGCAAAUUUGUGAUUUAAAUCUUGCCUAAAACUAUUUCAAGUUGAAAAUGUACAAGUUACUGUUUCUUCUGUGCAUUGUCGUGAGUAAUUUUCAAGUAAACGAAGCAAGCAGAUGUCCAUCUGGUUGGACUUAUCUUCUUCAAUCUUGUUACUACUUCAGUACAACCAAGACAACAGGAAGCAAAGCCAUUUUCGAAUGUCGACACAUGGGAGGAUAUCUUGCUCUUCCAAAGAACUUAGUUGAGAAUAACGCCAUUUACAGGGUUGCCAAAAGAAAAAAUCUGCAAAGACCAUUUAUUGGUUUGUUUCGUAAUAAAUACGACAAGAAAUUUUAUACAUUACAACAUGUCCUGCCUACGUUUACUAAUUGGGCUGCCAAUGAGCCUAACAGUCCAAAUCGUGAGCAUUGUGUUCAAUUCUUUCCAAAGGAAAAUGGAAUGAUGAAUCAUGCAGUUCUAUAUUCCACUACAUUUGUCAACGUAAACCAACAUCUUUAAAGUGUUAUUGUACGUGCGAAUGAUUUUCUACCUCGACGAAGAAGGAACAGGGAAGGACAGUUUAAUGGUGGACAUCAGAUAACGAAUUAUUCUAUAAAUAAUACAUAAUCAAGCAUAUAUACUAUAGAUCUCUGCAUAGUUUACAUUUACUUAAGCAUUCACGUACAUUCUAAGUAAUUUAAUAAAGUUAUAUAUGAAAAGCA